CGAGCCGAGUGUUAAUCUGCUCGGAUGUGAGGAGUAUGUUAGAAGAAGUGGCUCAAUAUCGACGCAGCUAGCUAGCUUCUUUUGGUAGUUGCUGCUGGCUAGCUUGAUAGAGUUACGCGCUGGACAUGAUGGGCCAGUGAUGAGACAACGCGAUGUUGGGGAAGACCUCUCUCAUCACCAGGUUCAUGUAUGACAGCUUCGACAACACUUAUCAGGCAACAAUUGGCAUUGACUUUUUGUCAAAAACCAUGUACCUAGAAGAUCGCACGAUUCGGCUGCAGCUCUGGGAUACAGCCGGACAGGAGCGUUUCCGCAGCCUCAUCCCCAGUUACAUCCGAGACUCAGCCGCUGCCGUGGUGGUUUAUGACAUAGCCAAUCUAAAUUCAUUCCAGCAAACCUCAAAGUGGAUUGAUGAUGUUAGAACAGAGCGAGGAAGUGAUGUCAUAAUCAUGCUUGUUGGAAACAAAACAGACUUGGCAGAUAAAAGGCAAGUUUCUGUUGAGGCGGCAGAGAGGAAAGCUCGUGAGCUCAAUGUGAUGUACAUAGAGACCAGUGCCAAGGCUGGCUAUAACGUCAAACAGCUGUUCCGUCGUGUUGCUGCUGCAUUGCCUGGGAUGGACAGCACACCAGAGAAGAGCAAAGAGGACAUGAUCGACAUCAAAUUGGAGAAGCAGCCAGAGAUGACUGUCACCGAGAGCAGCUGCUCAUGCUAGUACACCUCACCCUCACCCAGCCUGUCUCCUCCCCACCAACAGCUUGUCUCUCAGUGGCCACUCUGCUCCACCCUUGGCUCACUGCCACUUGGGAUGGAGGACCUGUCUUUUUAUUUUUUCUCUUCCCCCGUUUCAACCCCAGUGACUUUUCAGAGUAACCGUGUGGAUGUGCAUUACUGUAUUGAAACAGAUUAUCUGGAAAAAAAAUAAAAUAAUGGUUAAAAAGUAAACAUUUAAAAACAAGGAAUAAGUUCAAUGAUAUGUUCAGAUUUUCAUCCAGUUGCAUGGCAUUAUAUAGGACUGCAGACUGACAUAGCUAACCGCUCAUGAGUUAUUGCACAGUUCAGAAUCUUAGUGCUGUUACUCUUUGUCAUUGUUGUAAAGUAAAACUUGCUUGGGAUUAUUUAAAUGCAAGGUUGAGUUUUCAGCCCAUUGUAUUUUACUUUUUUAUAUAUAUUUUAAAUGGAGAGUUUGCCUAAAACCUGUUCUAUCUCUCAGAUGACUGAUUAUUUCAUGACAUUUUUUUGUUUUGUUUUGUUUUGAGGAAGUAAAGACAGGAACUUAACAGUGAAUUUACAUCAUUGCUAACCCCUCACAUUACCACAUUAGGCUUGAAAGGACGGUCCAGUUAUCUGGUAUUGUUCAGACCUGACACAUCUGUCGGAUCAAACCACCGAAUCCAACAGUGUGUCAGCAGACCAAAUGUACUUAAUUUGAGAAGCGGUGCCGCAAAAAGAGAUGUGUAACCAAGUAAUGAGGACAUAAAUAUCCUUUUUCAUCAAAGGGACGCCAUCCCACGUUCAUUUGAAAGGCUACUAACCUGAAGCUACGUCUGCAUUAAAACUAUAGCAACCGUCUUUCCAGUGUUUGCUAAAUAAGCUGCACGCAUACUAACAUGUCUGAGAAGGAGUGUUCAGUUAUUAGACGGGCCCCUCCCCCCCCCCAAACGUAGGAAAUCAAACAGGCCAGUGUUUAUUUUUUCCCCCACACUGAUGGAGAGCUGUCACUCGGGGGGAUGCUACGACGUAACCCGCCAUCUCAUCGACGAUUUCGUGUUGUGUUGAUUACACUAUUGCAAGAAACAUGCAGCAUGCUCACCAUGCAGGAUUUAUUAUGGAUAAGAACACAGAUGCCUUGCUUGUUUGUUCACCAACGUUGUGCACUGAAUCAAGCCACAAUAUUGUAAAAUAUAAAAAGAAGCCUGCUGACUGGUUCAUGGCUUCACUAGUUGUUUUGUAGAGCUGGUAGAUAAAGAGUUUGUCCUCAGAUACAGCUAACGCUUACUAACACACCUUGCUGUAAAGAAAAAGAAAACAAACAAAAAAAAAACAAAGUGCAGAGAAGUUAGUUGCAGUAUCCUUUUGCUGUAUUGCUAUUGCCUGUGUAGGGACUGUUGGUUUUAUGUGUUUUUAUUUAUUUUGUAACUUGGACAUACAGAUAACGUUGUAUGCUUGACCAAAAGUACAGACGCUGACACGCAUGUUGAAAGUUUAUUUUAUUUAUUGUUUUUGGUUUUUUUGCGUGUCUGCUGGGAACUCCACCUAAAGGCAACAUUUAGGGCCCCCUGGUAAUGUUUUUCCCUGUCACACUGCAAGACUUUUUUUUUUUUUUUGCAGUGUGUGUAGUCAGUAACUUGGUUUACAGUCGCAGGUUGAGGCUGCACCGUCACCAGACACACACUCACACAAACACACACACAGUUUAACACAAACCAACUAACUAGCCAUAGCACAACAAAAGACACUGUUCAUUUGCUGUCGCUUGUUUUGAAAUGGAUUUCAAAAAGUUUUGAGUAUUUAAUUACAUCGAAUAACCAUUUUAACGUGAGCAGCUCUUCUAUUACUUGUCACUGACUAAAUACUCGGCUUUGUGCUAUUCUGAAUCGUGUCUGUCCAUUUGAAAUAUGCUGUCUACUCGUGUUUAGCAACGUUUGUGUGAAUAAUGUACUAUUACUAUCUGAUGUAUAAAAAGGAGAGUUAAAUGAAACACAAGUGUAGGCCUAUCACAUGGAAUAAAAUAAAGAUAUUUCACCAAAAUGUAA